CCAGCCAUGGAGGCCAUCAAGAAGAAGAUGCAGAUGCUGAAGGUAGACAAAGAGAACGCCAUCGACCGGGCGGAGCAGGCCGAGGCGGAUAAGAAAGCCGCGGAGGACAGGUGCAGACAGGUGGAGGAGGAGAUGGUGCAGCUCCAGAGGAAGCUGAAGGAGACAGAGGACGAGCUGGACAGAUACUCCGAGGACCUGAAGGACGCGCAAGAGAAGCUGGAGCUGACGGAGAAGCAAGCCUCCGACGCCGAAGGUGAUGUGGCAGCUCUCAAUCGACGCAUCCAGCUCGUUGAGGAGGAGUUGGACAGGGCUCAAGAGCGACUAGCCACAGCCCUGCAGAAGCUGGAGGAGGCGGAAAAGGCUGCAGAUGAGAGUGAGAGAGGAAUGAAGGUGAUAGAAAACCGGGCCAUGAAAGAUGAGGAGAAGAUGGAGAUUCAGGAGAUGCAGCUCAAAGAGGCCAAGCACAUUGCUGAGGAGGCUGACCGCAAGUAUGAGGAGGUAGCUCGUAAGUUGGUUGUCCUGGAGGGCGAGCUGGAAAGGGCAGAGGAGCGUGCGGAGGUGUCUGAACUAAAAUGUGGUGACCUGGAAGAAGAACUUAAGAAUGUCACCAACAAUCUGAAAUCGCUCGAGGCUGCAUCUGAAAAGUAUUCUGAAAAGGAGGAUAAAUAUGAAGAAGAAAUUAAACUUCUGUCUGACAAACUGAAAGAGGCUGAAACCCGUGCUGAAUUUGCAGAGAGAACAGUUGCAAAACUGGAAAAGACAAUUGAUGACCUGGAAGAAAAACUUGCCCAGGCCAAAGAAGAGAAUGUGGGCUUACAUCAGACACUGGACCAGACACUAAAUGAACUUAACUGUAUAUAACCCAAACAGAAGAGUCUUGUUCCAACAGAAACUCCAGAGCUCCGUGUCUUUCUCUUCUAAGAAGUUUCUUUUAUUAUUGUGUCUUCGCUUUACUGGAAAUGUCAAGCAAAUUAUGAAUACAUGACCAAAUAUUUUAUAUCAGAGAAGCUUUGAGCACCAGUUAAGUCUAAUUCCUUCCUUUUUUUCAAAUGACACCAGCUUUUCAGCUCUAUUUUUAAUUUUUAAGUUGCAUUUAUUCCUAAGGUAGGCAGGGUAUUUCAUAUUGAGCAUAAUGUCUUAAGACUGAGGGCAUUUGGUUCCUAAGAGAAUAAUCAACCCCACCUAGUCAUGGACCAUUUUAAAAACACUGAAGAAUAUAACCUUCUGGGUCACUGUUGGUCAAACUACAGGAAGCUAGGGACCAUCACGUUAAAAUGGGUGGGGAUUUUCCAUCCACAGCAAAAAAACAGGUGGGGGGGUGGCUAUUUUGGUGUUAUAAACUACAGAUUAAUCUGAUCAUCCUGGCCCUUCUCCACAUUCCACUACACAGAACAAACAUCCUCUGAGCAGUCAGCAUGAGGAUGCUUGGGAAAUAGUUAUAAUAAUUACCCAGAUAUUUUUUGGAUAAAUCCUUGAUGCUCUUCUACAUAUUUUUCAUCCGAAACUUGUUCUUUGAGGAGCAAGUGUAUUAUUCCAGUACUGACCCAUCUUUGUCUGCCCUGAUCUAAGGCCAUCCACUCAGCAGGAAUAUAGUGAGUUGAGUCCUGUUCAGUUCAACAAUAUCAAAAAGACUGCUAGCCAUCAAUAGAUUGAGCAAAAGAAUUCUAUUUUUUGAAGGGGACUCUCUGGCAGCAAAGUAGAGAUAAAAAAGUAAUUGGCCUAACUUGAUCUCUAUAUUUCAGGGAAUGGCAAAUUGAAGAUUUACUUAUUUAAGACUUUAAUUCCUUCUUCGGGACCAAGUUAAUAAAAGACCUGAUUAAACUGGAUAUGGAGUAUUUUGUAGACAGGGCUGCACAUCUUGGCUUUGUUAUACCUGUAUUUGUGUUUUCUCAGUUAACAUCUCAAAGCUGAAACAUUCCACAUUCCCCGACAGUGUGGGAGCCAACUCAAGUUUACAAUUCUGACUGAAAAAUCACCCUGCUUCUAGCUUACCUGAAUCCCCUGCCCUUCACUCCUAUUUAUUAAGCAUCACACUACCCAGGAGAUACACUAGCAAACUGUGCAACUGAAUAAAACCCACACUUUUCUUUAGAUUCUUGCAACUGUAUCAUAUGUAAUAGUAUCUUUUUCUACAUUUUGGUCAAAUAAAUUUUUACAUAAACCACAA